UGAGUACCCAUUGUAAUAAUUUGAGAAUCAGUUCACAGAACUUUUUACAGAGAACAACAGGAUGUGUGCAGCAGCAAACUCUUCAGAGUUGGAACUGGAGCUGGGAGACUUACUGCAGGAAUUUAAUGAUGUUGUGAAUGAGUUGAGCACACCUCACGCAUCUGAACAUGUGCUGAGAGAUGUGAAGAGACACACAGCAUGCGUGACUGAAGGAGACGAUUCAGACUACUGUAGUGAAGCUUCGCUGGUAAACAGUCUGAAUGCCAGUCAAGAGGAGCUCAACAUCCCAAGCAUGACCAUGGCCCCAAAAGCCAGGCUCGGGGAUACCAGUGACCUACAGAGCUUCAUUGAAAACCUGGAUAGAGAGCUUGCAGAGAUGUGACAUGACAGGACACACGUGAUCAGAGAGGAAGCACCAUGUGCCGCUGAGCACCUGAAGAGCUGGCAUUUUGCAAACCCUAAUCUCUGCUUCCACACAUAGAAAUUAGGCUGAAGAAAAACACAGCUUGAAAGCUUCAUUUUCCCCCCUUCACCAAGGAAAACAAGCUCACUGUGUCAUUUUAAUUGGUCAAGAAUUGUUGGGAAGAAUUACCAAGUUUGUCAGAUGUUUUAUUAAAAAGAAAAAAAAAGACUUACUAAAUUUAUAUGAAAAGCACAAUUCCUUGUAAGUUGUGAAGAUGUAUUGUUAAUAGCUAUUUUUUACUUUUUUUUAUAAAGAUUGUAAAAAUGUUACCAGGUUCAACAUAAUGUAUAAUAUUAAUUUAACAGUGUAAAGAUUUUUUAAUAAUAAAAAUGGUUUUUGCAAUAAACAUGUAUUACUCAUAUUAUAUAUAUAUAUAUAUAUAUAUCACCUAAUUGACUAGCUCAGAAAGUCCUUGCAUGACCAUGUGCUUUCUCAAAUAGUUGUAAUGUAUCUUCACACCUGCAGUUUACUAGACUUAGUUCAUGGUCCUGGUAAAAACAUAUCUGUACAUAAAAGGAAAUACAACUAGACAUUCUGCUGCUGAUGGAAAAGGAAGUUGUCGGUUGCACUGCAGUCAAAACCAGAACUGUUUUUUUUGUUUGUGGUAUUGUCACAAGCCACACCUUCAAGAGCUUGUUGUUUUACUGUGUAUGCAAUAUAUGGUUCCUAAAAAUUUUUUGAAAAUUUGAUGCAAAGUCUCGCUUCAAUAUGCACUUCAUUACAUUGGGCAAAAUAUCAAACCAGCUGCAUAGUAUUCUUGCUUUCUUAUCUAAUGCAGUGGCAUAUAUGUAUUUUUAAGUGUGAUUUAAAGGUUUAGUUUGCAAAAAAAUGACUUUUUUUAUCAUUUACUCAUCCUCAUGCCAUUCCAAACCUGUAUGAUUUUUCUUCUUUCAUGAAAUAUAAAAGAUAUUUUUGGUUACUAUUUCUUUCCAUUAAAAAGUGCGCUCACAGAAGAAAGAAAGUCAUUCAGGUUUGCAAGGAGUGUGAAUAAAUUAUUUUAAUUUCUGGAUUUAACUGUCCAAAUAUUUUUAGCCUAAACUAAAAUUUGCCCUUUCCUUGUUUCAUAACGUACAUUUUUACAUACGUACUUUAUGUUUAGCAGAUUGUACUCUCAUAUGUUAUAUAAUAAAGCAGAUGUUAGACAUUAUGCAACAUCAUAAGUGAAAGCAGGACUUUUUCUGGGCAGUAUUCAUGGAAAGAAGAAGUUUGGACUCUGUUUUUUUUUUUGACACACAGUCUCGUGUGGUUUGAGGAAGAAUGCUGACAGCAUUUCUGCUUCAGACUCUUAUGGGAACACUUAUUAUUAUAAUAAAUAGUCCAAGCAUGUGAUGAUGAAGUCACCAGUGAACGUAGACUACACUCUUAAAAAUAAAGGUACUUUUAAAUGGUUCUUCACAGCGAUGCAAUAGAAGAACCAAUUUUGGUUUCACAAAUAACCAUU